AUGAACACCACGACGAGCGUCAAGGUGACAGCUGAUAGCGUAGAACUCGCUCAUCGCCAGCUGGACAGGCAGAUGGAGCUUACAAUGGAGAGGAAGAAGACCAUGCAAGAGGACCUGGGGCACGCGCUUGCGGACGUUCAAUAUGGGGUGUGCGCCGAGGCGGCCAACAGGAUGGCGCACCAGACUGUCAAGGCGCUCACUAAACGUGUUAUGGCUCGGGGCGCCGAGAUGCCUACCGACAAGGACCUGGAGGAAGAGUUCGAAGUUCAUGCGCUUCGUAACAAGCUAGAGGCCAAGAUGCAGAGGAAGAGGGAGGAGAUGAUGGAGGACAAGGGAAAAGUGGGAGCGCCUCCCACGCCACCUCAGACCAUCACACCUCACACUAUCACACCUUCACCAACUAUCACGCCGGUUCACACCCUUCAGCAGUCCCCUACAUCAGUGCUGUCUCGACUCACUCACUGUCGGCCCCCUCCAAUUGAGACCCAGGUUGCCUCUGCACUGGACAAGUAUCUCAAGGAGCUGCCAGGUCUGGUUGCCAAACGCCUCCUGGUUGAGAUGAGUGAAGUCCCCGACGUUGUCUCUCACGAGGCGUCUGUCGUCAACUCGCCAGGCACCCCGAAGCCACUUCCAUCACCCGUGUUCGCAUGGGGUGCAAAGGCCAAGACCAACACACCCACUACCGCUUCUCUACCCGGUCUGUUCGCCAAGGACGAGUAUGUAGCAGUGAGCGACGUCCAGGUGGUCGUUCAAGAGGCUCCGGACAUCAUCUUGCCGGCCAACCUCGACGACAUGUCCUCCGUCACCAUCCCCCAGUCCCUCUCGCCACUCAACCCCGACCCUCUGCUGUCUCCAGGAUCUGCCUGGGAGAGGCGGUACUCCCAAGAGAUGCGCGACGUUGAGGCUCUCACCAAAGACUGCUCCACUGCCAACUUGACCGCAAGCUUUACAGACGUUCCACGGCCCUUCUCACAGUUCUCCCUCCCAGCGUUUGCCUGGGAGGAACAGGAUGUCCCGUGUGAGGCUUCUGCUGGCUGCUGGGCGGCCUGA